GAGCGGAGGAAGAUGACGGAUUCAUCGGUCGCGGAAGGACACGUUAAAGUCAGAGAAGGCAAAAAGUGGAAAACUCGGUGGGUCGUUCUCCAUAAGCCCUCACCGGUGGCCGACUGCCUGGUGUUGUUGGUGUGUAAGGAGCGUGGUGCGAAGGAGCGGAGCAGCGUUGUUCUGGAGCGCAUCUGUGGUCUGGAGGCAGGAGGAAGCAGCGAAGGAGUUGCCUGUACUCUGACAAUCCUCAGCCUGAAUCAGAUUGUUCAGCUGGGAUUUGAUAGUAAGGAGGCCCUACUGGCCUGGGACCUUCGGCUUCGCUAUUAUCUAGGGGAAGUACACAGUUUUAAGGUGACAGUCCUGCCUGGUACUAAGCUGGAAGCUGGUCUGGCCACACUUCAUUUCUGCAACAAUCUGCUCGUCAUUACCAGGGACGUCCCGCCUGUUAUCAGCGGCCAGUGGAACCUCCUGGACCUGCGCAGAUACGGCCCAGUUCCCAGUGGCUUUGUGUUUGAAGGUGGCACACGCUGUGGUUAUUGGGCUGGUGUGUUCUUCUUAUCAUGUGCUGAAGGGGAGCAGAUCAGUUUUCUGUUUGACUGCAUUUUGCGCGGUAUCUCGCCCUCCAGAGGUCCCUUUGGAAUCAAACCGCUUCUGCCAGAGCCUAGUGCCACUGCAGUAUCAGCAGAGGAGAGACUGAACCAAGAGGCUGAAGAGUUGGAGAAGAGGCUCAGUUUGCUUUCUCAUAACACAGCGUCCACCUCCAGUUUCAGUUCUUCAGUCGUUGGAGAUGACCACAGCAUAUCCGGAUCUUCUGACUCAGAAACUAGCCACUCAGAUUCCAGUAUCAGCAGCCGACUGAACCUGUGGGUGGAACCGGUUCCCACCACCACAGUUGAGUCCACUAGAACGUCCUCUCAUGGAGAGGAGAAACUGCCAGUUAAUUUAGCCAGUGCGCCCAGACUGCCAUCAAAGCCAACAAUUCCACGGAGGCUUCAGGAAAUUGGCCGUCAGAGCUCCUCAGACAGCGGCAUUGCCACAGGAAGCCACUCAUCCUAUUCUGGCAGCUUUUCCUCCUACACAGGAAGCCUAGACACAGGGAGCCCCAAAGAGGAGUGUGGCACUCUGCUCAGCCUACCGCCAUUCUCUAGCCCUGAAAAGCACAGGUGUACCUGUCCGGUCAGCCACACCCAUGAGUAUCAAGUGCCGUCAUCACUACGCUACCUAUAUGACACACCCCGCAGUCUUCUUGAAGAGGUCAGAGAGCAGAAAAAUAACAUAGCAAGUGAACAGACUGAGGAAACAGUACCAGAGCAGACUGCAGCUUCAGCAGCCGCAUGCUCUGUCCCUGAAUCUCCUAGAGACUCAUGGGCUCAGGGUUCGUCCAGCACGGACACACACUCUGACUGCCUGAUUUGCUGUCCCCAUCUGACUUCAUCUAGAAUGCUCUUCACCACCUGCCCUGUCUGUGGUGGCUUAAAGAGAGCACCCCUACCUCUGGCAGGAGUUUCACUACAGCAUGGCAUUCCAGCAGGUGGAAAAUCUGGUCUCAUCAGUGAUGCAUCAGCUCGUGCAACCAAUUUGGAGUGGAGUCCACAAACAGAUUUGAAGACACAAGGCCUUGCAUUCACAAGUUCAGGGACCGAGAACAAGUUGCAGAAGAGAAGCUCUAAGAGCUAUAUAGACAGUCUGUCUGAUCUGUUAGGACAUUAUUCUCCAGGGAGGACUCACACCAUGUCAAUUAAACCAAGCCUGCCUGAUCCAGUAGGGCUUUAUUGCCCCCCAGGGAACAAUAGCCUGGGAUCAGACCAAUCUGGUUCAUAUAUCCCGAUGGCUUCAGCAUUAACAUCACCUCAGUGCCCCUCACUUUGCCAAGUUUAUCCCACUAUUCCUUCCCACCAUACCUCUCGCUUAACGAUCUAUGAGAACUGCCUACAAUGUAGAAAAGGUCAGGAUGGCUGCAUGCUGCCCAAGGUUGUUCCUUCAGCAAUUAGUAGCUGCAUCCAUCCAUCUGGACAGAAGAGCACUGGUGGGCAGGAACAGUGUCCCUUUUUCCAAUAUGUGAAUGCUGGUUCCUGGGGAUUAAGCUCAGAGAUCCCUCAUGUGGAAGAACCUUCUCUUCCUACACUCAACUCCCAGCCACCCGUACAGCUCACUAAUGGAGAAACAGCAGUGGGAGAUAAGAAGCAGAGAAGUCAUGCAGAGAAAGGGAGAAUGGAUCCCGCCUAUGAGAUCAUGGAGUGCCAAGCCACAGACAGGAGCUCAGAGUCAGAUGAGAAGAGCAGAUAUGAGCUGAUGGGCAUUUCUGGGCAGCAAAGGGGCACUGAAGAUCCUGAUGAUGUUUCAGGACCGAGCGAAAGGCCAAGAGGAGAAGUGACGUAUGUAAAUAUUCCUAUCAGUCCAACAUCCAAAAAACAACUGCACUAUAUGGAGCUGGAGCUGCAGGAGCAUGGUGGCACUGUCAGAGGAAAAGGCACCACAAAAUAUGCACAAAUUGACAUCACUGCAACAGAGACUGCACACAGAGUGGGCACCCAGCAUGCACUGGGGCGAGAGGCAGGACUUCAGAAAUUGGAACAGUGGAAAAGAGGAGGGGCACCACAGUGAUGACAUCAUUUAUCACCUUAAUAAUAAUGAAGCCAUAGCUCUAUACCAUGAUAACAACGAUAUGAAAAAUAGAGAAAAAUGUGUUGGACAAGCAACAGCAAGGACAGCAAGAGAGUGUAAUCUUAACUGCUACGAGUGGCAAGAUUGGACGAGUGCCAUACAGGUCCAUGUUAAAGGCUUCAGCUCCACUUACUCACAGGCCAAGCUAAACCAAACAGAACUGGUGGCAUAAAUACAAGAAAAACUGAUUGAACUGUAGCCAAAGGUCCAGUUUUAUUAGCUGGUGUUGUGUAGCUAUGAGACUGUGAUGAUGUGGGUUUUGUUGUGUAGGUGUGUGUGUGUGGGUGGGUGUGAGUGUGAUAAUUUGAGCAUUAGAGCUGUGAGGACAGACCGUGUGAACAUGGCUGAUUAUAGAUGAGUCACCACACUCUCUGCUGCCUGCAGCAACAUGUCUCCAAUUAAUUUGCUUUAAAAUUCACCAUCAAUCAAUUACAAACACUGUUGUCCUUUAAUCAGGUAGCAGACAUCACUGACCACACCUCAGAUCGGCAAACACGGCACGGAAAAACACUUUCUACUAAGCAAAAAAACUGCACAGAUCUAUUUGAGGCAACAUGCAGAAUGUGUGCACAAAGGCGUAAAAGUUAACUUCAGCCUUCUUUUUUGCUAUUUUCCUGGACAUGAAAAUAGCAACAACAUUUUUAAUAACGCUCACAAGUGCCAGUGCUGCGAUCUUAUUCCUUAUUUUUGUAUUUAUGGCUAUGAACAUUGGCCAUGUAUUUUCUUUUGAAUGAAGGGUAAUUGUGCAUAUACAAUUUUGGGCAUUAUUAAAUAUUCAGACUAAUUUAAUCAGCUUUGAAUAUUGUAUCUUUCUUCUCUCCUUUUAUUGGCUUUAUACCAUUGUUUUAUAGCACAAUUAAAACUGAUAAUUGGCUAAAUUCUGUGGACUGGUAGUGUUUAUUGUGUAUUUUUUACCCUUUUUUUCUGUGGACCUUUAGUCGUUAAAGGA